AUUGAGCCGUGUGUGAUGCACACGCUCCACUGUAAAUUACACGGCGGUUGAGAAACAGAAUGGCCAACCAUUCCAGAUAAUAAGUCCUGACACGUGUCAACACGCUACGACACCCUCACAAACUCCUCCAUAACCAAUAUCUUUUCCUUUCUCUCUCUCUCUCUCUCUCUCUUGAUUUUUGUUAUUAUUUUUAUUAUUUGUCAAAAACUCAACCGAAGAGGGAAAAUCGUCCGUUUUCUCCUCUCAUCCUCCUCGGAAUAUUAUUCCAAAUAAUUGAAAUUGAGUUGCCCUAAAGCAGAAAAUUAUAAAAAAAUUAUGGCUUCAGUAGCUGCUUCUUUGUGUUCAUCAGCUUUGGCGCAAUCUAUUUCCGGCGGGUUUAAGGGCCAAAAACUUUCUCUUUCAACUCCCAAUUCAAUUACUUCUACCAGAAGAAGAUCUCAAGUUGUAGUGAAAGCAACAUCUCGGGUCGAUAGGUUCUCGAAAAGUGACAUCAUUGUCUCACCGUCAAUUCUUUCCGCUAAUUUUGCCAAAUUAGGAGAGCAGGUUAAAGCAGUGGAGUUGGCAGGUUGCGAUUGGAUUCAUGUUGAUGUGAUGGAUGGUCGGUUUGUUCCAAAUAUUACAAUUGGGCCCCUAAUAGUUGAUGCACUACGCCCUGUCACGGAUCUCCCAUUGGAUGUGCAUUUGAUGAUUGUGGAACCUGAGCAGCGAGUACCAGACUUCAUUAAGGCUGGAGCUGAUAUUGUUAGUGUUCAUUGUGAACAAUCUUCAACCAUCCAUUUGCACCGCACAGUCGAUCAAAUAAAAAGUCUGGGUGCUAAAGCUGGAGUUGUACUGAACCCUGGAACUCCAUUGAGUGCCAUAGAGUAUGUUCUUGAAUCGGUUGAUUUGAUACUGAUUAUGUCCGUGAACCCGGGAUUUGGUGGGCAAAGUUUUAUAGAGAGCCAAGUAAAGAAAAUAUCAGACUUGAGAAAGUUGUGUGCUGAGAAGGGAGUGAACCCGUGGAUCGAGGUUGAUGGUGGAGUUAGUCCUAAAAACGCUUAUAAGGUAAUUGAAGCUGGUGCAAAUGCAUUAGUUGCUGGCUCUGCUGUUUUUGGAGCUCCUGAUUAUGCUGAAGCUAUUAAGGGGAUCAAAACGAGCAAAAGGCCUGUCGCUGUUGCGGUAUAAACUUUCCGUUUGAAGACAAUUUUAGGGUUCAAAUACCUCUCUUUUAAGAGAACAUAUGCUGCGAAAGCGUUUGGAGAGAUUCAUCGAAAUGAAUUGAUUUGUUCUCGUAAAAAAAGCUUGAGCUUUAAUUAGAAAUGGCCUGAGAGUUAAUAUCUGUAGCAUAAUUUUGUGUAAUAAAGAUUCAUCUUUCAGUACACUUUUUGUUUUGUGUGUACAAAUGUAUGUGUUAUAAUACCCCUUGAUCAAGAAUCUUCUGAAAAAUCA